AUGUGCACUACCCAGGUCUCCGAUGUCCGCUCCGCGGCUAACGCCAAAGGCAACCCUCCUUAUCUCAAUCACGAUCUCAAUGGACCCGUGAAGACAGAUUGCUCGUUCUGGACUCUAGAGGAUGAUAUAAUGCACAUUACGCUGCAGAAGAGGGGCAAAGGCCAGACGUGGUCAUCACCUAUACUUGGACAGGGCCAGUUGGAUCCUUACUCCACUGAUCUCGAGCAGAAACGCCUUAUGCUUCAGAGGUUUCAAGAAGAGAACCCAGGGUUCGACUUCUCGCAAGCACAGUUUUCGGGUAACUGUCCAGAUCCCAGGACCUUCAUGGGCGGUAUCCGUUCCGACUGAAAUGUCCAUUCCUCGGUUGUGUGAGUGUUAACUGUAGUCUGUAAUAACGCUCUUGUUGAUCAUAAAACCUUCUGUGUAAGUUGUUAAUUAGUACGAGUCCCUUGUGGCGUUUGAUACUCUCUUCUCAUUCAUGCACUGUUUUUUACU